ACUGCAAGGGAAAAACAAGGAAGAAUAUGGCACCACAUUCAGUUACAAUUGCCUCUUUUGACCAUCUUAAUUUCAGUGAUAAGGACAAAUUAAAGCUAAGGAAACCAAUUGUUGAGAAGAUGCGGAGAGAUCGCAUCAACAGCUGCAUCGACCAGCUCAAAAGUCUGUUAGAGAAGGAAUUACACAGCCAUGACCCCAACACCAAACUCGAGAAGGCCGAUAUCCUGGAGAUGACCGUCAGCUUUCUUAAAAAGCAGCUGCGGCUCCCAGCAGCUCGGGCUCAGAGGGAUUAUAAUGAAGGAUACUCUCAUUGCUGGAGGGAGUCUAUGCAAUUCCUCACUCUUCACUCCACUGGAGGAGGAUCUGCCCGGGAGCUCCAGCAUCUCCAUAACGCCCAGCGAGCAAGCUCAGCUGUCAGCACCACUCCACCAACACACUCUUCUAAACUGAGCACAGUCAGUUUACAUCAGCCUGACAGCAGGAGGCCCAUAUGGAGACCAUGGUAGAGAAGCUAAAGCCUGAGAUUUUGAAAAUACCUGAGGGACAGUUGUGUAAAUGUCUCUCAUAAGUGUAGGAGAUAUUCAUUUCCAAAGUGUAAGUUUGUUAUGUCUUGUCUUCAUAUUGAUUGACAAAAACUUUAGACUAACUUGUGUUUGUCAGUGGAAGGCAGUGGGUUUAUAUGUACAGCCUCUUGUUCUGAAUCAAUAGCUCUUAAUGUGAUUUUUACCACAUAUCAUCUUUUUGUAAAUGUUAUUACAUUGUAUAUUGCUUUUUAUAUUUGAAUGGAUGUGGAUUUAAUUGAGGUUGACUCCAGUGGAGUUUGUAGUUUAUGUAUCAGAACUUUGAACUGUGUACUACAGAUCUUUUUCAGAGUUUGCACUGAAAAUUUUGCAUUGUUUUUUUUAAGGAAGGCUCAUUGUACUUUUUUUUUUUUUUUUUUUUUACAUUUGUAUUGAACAUUCCCAACAUUCAUAACAUUAUAAGAGAAUACAAUUUCAAACCUUUGACACAUACGGUACAAAUAACAACAACAACAAAAAAUGAUAAAAGGGCAUCAUAAACAUAAAUCAAAAUCAUUAUAACAAUGAUACAGCCUUACUGGCUUUCUUGUUUAUAGAAAAUUGUAUAGACUCAAAAUCAAUAAGGGCUGUUUGGAAAAGUGGAAAAAAAUGAGUUUAAAAUCACUCCACUUACUCUGAUGUAUAUAAUAUUGUCUUCUUCAAUUAUUUUUUUUAUUGUAUGUUUUGCAAAUAUAAGCUCUUAUGCCAAAUGGUUUAUUCUGUUAAUAAAA